AUGGACGCCGCGUCGGACGUCCAUCGCGGCGGGCUCGACGACUCGCACGCGUGCCCGAUAUGCCGCGAGACGUUCUCGGACGCGUUCAACACCAUGUGCGGGCACACGUUCUGCUACGCGUGCAUCGUGGAGCAUCUCGCGCGCGCCCACGCGUGCCCGUGCUGCGCGCAGCCGCUCACGGCGGAGUCGCUGUUCCCGAAUCUCGCGCUGGAUAAGCUCCUGAAGCAGCUCUCGAGGAGCGGGCAGCUGCCGGGGAGCCCGCGAUGCCCCGCGCGACGCACGAAGGAGAUCGCGGAGAGCAUCAACAGCCUCCCGCUGGAGGAGCUCACGCCGUUGCUCCGGUCGAUCGCGGACAAGCACGACCGGCUCGUGAAGCACGACAAGCGCGUCAGCGUCGGCGCGCUCAGGGAUUUCCUCGCGCUGUCGUGGAAGCGGAAAAACGACGCGAUUCGCGACCUCGAGCGCGAGGUCGGGAGGAUCGACGUGGACGUGAACUGGAUCGAGCGGCAGAUCGACGAGCUCGGCGGGAGCCACGCGCUGCGGGCGCUCGUCGAGGAGAGGGCGGCGGCGACGGCGGCGGCGGCGGCGCGCGCGGCGUCCCCGAACGGCGGCGGCGGCGGCGGCGGCGGCGGCGGCGCGUCGGCGGCGACCGCCGCGGCCGGCCGCGAACCCGGCGAGGAUCCGCCGCCUUCCCCUCAUCAGCCGUCGCGCGCGCGCGCGAGCGCGGCCGCGAGCAUGUCGCUCGCGUCCGUGGACUUGUCCGAGACGAAACGCGCGAGGGUGCUCGCGAACUUCGCGAACCUUCAGGAUCUGUACUCGAAGAUACGAUGCGGCGGUUUCGGCGGUUUAGGCGGCGGGCGGAGGAAGAGCUCGGAGCCGAGCGCGGCGGCGGCGCGCGGUGACCUCGACGAGUUCGCGAAUCUGAUGCGGUCGCUGACCAAGUACGAGCGCGCGCGCGUCGCCGGGGAGGUGCGACACGGCGAGCGGAACGCGCGCCUCGGCGCGGGCGCGUCCUCGAUCGUGUCGUCCAUCGAGUUCGAUCGCGACUACGCGAACUUCGCCACGGGGGGCGUGUCGAAAAAAGUGCACGUGUUCAGCUUCGCGGAGGCGUGCGGCGGCGUCGACGGCGACCGCGCCGCGUCGGACGUCGACGCUCCCGGGCCGAUACAAACGCUCGACGCGAAGAGCAAGCUGUCGUGUCUGUCGUACAACAAGCACGUCGCGAACCACCUCGCGAGCUCGGACUACGAGGGCGUCGUCACCGUGUGGGACGUCGAAGCCGGCGUCGCGGUGGCGGAGUUCGAGGAGCACGACAAGAGAGCGUGGACGGUGGAUUACUGCCGCGUCGACCCGCGCAUUCUCGCGAGCGGCAGCGACGACGGCCUCGUGAAGAUCUGGUCCACGGCGCAGCGCGGCAGCGUGCUCGAGAUCGACGUGCGCGCGAACGUGUGCUGCGUGCAGUACGGCCCGCUGAGCGCGCAUCAGCUCGCGGUCGGGAGCGCGGACCACCGCGUGCACGUGUUCGAUCUGAGAAACCCGAGCGAGGCGAUCGCGACGCUGCGCGCGCAUCGGAAGGCGGUGUCGUACGUCAGGUUCUUACCCACCGGCGACGAGAUGGUGUCCGCGUCCACGGACAGCACGCUGUGCGUGUGGGACGUCAAGGGGAACGUCGCGGCCGGUUAUGGGAUUCUUUCUUCGGCGCCGGCGGCGACGCUGGAGGGGCACGUCAACGAGAAGAACUUCGUCGGGCUGUCCGUCGGCGCCGGCGAGCUCAUCGCGUGCGGGAGCGAGACGAACGAGGCGUACGUGUACCACAAGUCGUUCAAUCGGCCGAUCUUGACGUACGACUUCGCGGAGAAGACGGAGCGGCGCGGCGGCGGCGGCGGCGGCGGCGGCGGCGGCGACUCCGGCCCGCUGUUCGUGUCCGCGACGUGCUGGCGAGGGGACGAGCCCGUGCUCCUCGCGGCCAACUCCACCGGCAGCAUCAAGGUGCUGCAACUCGUGGAGUGAGGUCGACGUCUUCGUCUUCGUCUUCGUCUUCGUUCGCGCGACUACUGUACGACUGCUGUUAAAAGAAAAAGAAUAGCGCGCGCGCCGUCGACGACGAGCUAGAUGCGCGACGCGCGCGAAGAAUGUGGAAGACUACCGUACCGUGCGCUCGAGAGGAACUCUUCUCCGUCUCUCUCUCGCUCAUCGACUACUCGGCGCCUCGUCCGGUCGCCGCAUCCGGAAUUUCCUCCGCAAGUCCCUGACCACGGUGCUCUCCUCGAUCCACCGCAACCCGCCGCCCC